GUUUUACUGGGACCUCAUCAUGCUGCUCCUGAUGGUGGGGAAUUUGAUCAUCCUGCCUGUGGGCAUCACCUUCUUCAAGGAUGAGAACACCCCUCCCUGGAUUGUUUUCAACGUGCUCUCGGACACUUUCUUCUUGGCUGACCUGGUGCUGAACUUCCGGACAGGCAUCGUGGUGGAGGACAACACGGAGAUCAUCCUUGACCCUCACACCAUCAAAAUGAAGUACUUGAAGACCUGGUUCCUGGUUGACUUCAUUUCCUCUAUCCCAGUUGACUACAUCUUCCUCAUCGUUGACCUGGAGACGCAGGUGGACUCCGAUGUCUACAAGACAGCUCGGGCCCUGCGCAUCGUGCGCUUCACCAAGAUCCUCAGCCUGCUGCGCCUGCUGCGCCUCUCGCGCCUCAUCCGCUACAUCCACCAGUGGGAGGAGAUCUUCCACAUGACGUACGACCUGGCCAGUGCCGUGGUGAGGAUCUUCAACCUCAUUGGCAUGAUGCUGCUGCUGUGUCACUGGGAUGGCUGCCUCCAGUUCCUGGUGCCCAUGCUGCAGGACUUCCCCAGGGACAGCUGGGUCUCCAGGAGCCACAUGGUGAACGACUCGUGGGGGAAGCAAUACUCACACGCCCUGUUCAAGGCCAUGAGCCACAUGCUGUGCAUUGGCUACGGGCAGCAGACGCCCCAGGGCAUGACUGACGUGUGGCUCACGAUGCUCAGCAUGAUCGUGGGAGCCACCUGCUAUGCCAUGUUCAUCGGCCACGCCACUGCCCUCAUCCAGUCCCUGGACUCCUCCCGGCGCCAGUACCAGGAGAAGUACAAGCAGGUGGAGCAGUACAUGUCAUUCCACAAGCUGCCUGGGGACACACGCCAGAGGAUCCAUGAGUACUACGAGCACCGCUACCAGGGCAAGAUGUUUGAUGAGGAGAACAUCCUGGGGGAGCUCAGUGAGCCUCUCAAAGAGGAGAUCAUCAACUUCAACUGCCGCAGCCUGGUGGCCAACAUGCCCCUGUUUGCCAAUGCUGACCCCAACUUUGUGACUGCCAUGCUGACCAAGCUACGCUUUGAGGUCUUCCAGCCUGGGGACUUCAUCAUCCGCGAGGGCACCGUGGGCAAAAAGAUGUACUUCAUCCAGCACGGGGUCGUCAGCAUCCUCACCAAGGGCAACAAGGAGACAAAGCUGUCUGAUGGCUCCUACUUUGGGGAGAUCUGCCUGCUGACGCGGGGCAGGCGCACGGCAAGUGUGAGAGCUGACACCUACUGCCGCCUCUACUCC